AUGGCUGACACCGAGGCGCCGGUGGCUCCCACCGAGCCCGCGGGCCCUUCCCCGUACGAGGAAAAGGCCCCGUACUAUGCCAAGCGCAUCGAACUCUUCGAGAAGUACUUCGAGCGCGAGGGCGCCAAGGUCGAGGAGGCCAAGUCCAAGAACGAGCCCAUCAAGGUGGUCAUGCCCGACGGCGCCAUCAAGGAGGGCAUCAAGUUCGUCACCUCCCCCUGGGACAUCGCCAUGGGCAUCCACAAGAAGCUGGCGCAGGGAUCCCUCCUCGCCCACGUCGACGGCCAGGACUGGGACAUGCGCAGGCCCCUUGAGGGCGACUGCUCCCUCAAGCUCUUCGGCUUUGACGACCCCGAGGGCAAGGAGCUGUACUGGCACUCAUCCGCGCACGUCCUCGGCGAGGCGCUCGAGCUCGAGUACGGAGCCGACCUCACCAUCGGACCCUCCAUCGAGGAGGGAUUCUACUACGAUUGCUUCCUCGGAGAACGCACGCUGAGCGCCAGCGAGACGGACGGCAUCCAGAAGCGCAUGGAGGCGAUCAUCAAGGAGAAGCAGCCCUUCCAGCGCAUCGUGGUGAGCCGAGCCGAGGCGCUGGAGAUGUUCCAGGAGAAUAAGUUCAAGGUUGAGCUCAUCAGCAACCUCCCGGAGGACGCCACCAUUUCCUGCUACCGCUGCGGCCCCAUGGUCGACCUCUGCCGCGGCCCCCACCUCCCCGACACCGCGUGGAUCAAGACGGUGUCCGUCAACCAGUGCUCGCGGGCGCACUGGAGAGCCGACGUCACCAAGGACCCUCUGGUCCGCGUCUACGCCGUCACCUUCCCCGACAAGAAGCUCAUGGCCGAGUACAAGCUUCGCAUCGAGGAGGCGAAGAAGCGCGACCACCGCCUGAUCGGUCUCAACCAGGAGCUCUUCUUCUUCCACACCCUCUCCCCGGGCUCGUGCUUCUUCCUGCCGCAGGGCGCCAAGAUUUACAACAAGCUGAUGGAGUUCAUCCGCGAGAAGUACUGGGAGUACGAGUACGACGAGGUCAUCACCCCGAACGUGUACAACUUCGACCUGUGGAAGACCUCCGGUCACGCGGCGCAUUACAAGGAGAACAUGUUCUCGUUCGACGUGGAGAAGGCGGAGUUUGGCCUGAAGCCGAUGAACUGCCCCGGGCACUGCGUGAUGUUCGGCAACCGCAAGCGAUCCUUCCGCGAGCUGCCCAUGAGGCUCGCCGACUUUGGCGUGCUCCACCGCAACGAAUUCAGCGGCGCGCUGCACGGUCUCACUCGCGUGCGCAGGUUCCAGCAGGACGACGCGCACAUCUUUUGCCGCCAGGAUCAGAUGGAGAAGGAGCUUGCGGCUUUCGUGAAGAUGCUCGACGAGAUUUACGAGGUCUUCGGCCUCACCUACGAGAUGAAGCUCUCCACCAGGCCCGAGGGGUACCUCGGCGAACUGGAGACCUGGAACAAGGCGGAGGCUGCGCUGGAGGCGGCGCUGAACGGUACGGGCAAGGAGUGGAAGCUCAACCCCGGCGAUGGCGCCUUCUACGGUCCCAAGAUUGACAUCACCGUCUUUGACGCGCUCAAGCGAAGGUUCCAGUGCGCCACCGUGCAGCUCGAUUUCCAGUUGCCCAUCCGUUUCAACCUGUCUUACGUCAGCGAGGCGAACGAGCCCGAGCGCCCGAUCAUCAUCCACCGCGCCAUCCUCGGCUCCGUGGAGCGCAUGUUUGCCAUCCUCACCGAGCACUUUGCGGGGAAGUGGCCCUUCUGGCUCUCGCCCAGGCAGGUGAUGAUCGUGCCCAUCAGCGAGCAGAGCAGGGACUAUGCGCAUGAGGUUCGCAGCGUGCUUCGCAAGGAGGGCUUCUACUGCGAGGUUGACGAUAGCGAUCGCAAGAUGCAGAAGAAGGUUCGCGAGGCGCAGCUCGAGCAGUGGAACUACAUCCUCGUCGUGGGCGAGGGCGAGAAGACCAACCGCACGGUUAACAUUCGCACGAGGGACAACGUGGUGCACGGCGAGCACAAGCUGGAGGAGGGUCUGCUGGAGACCCUCCUCGAGGAGAGGAGGACGAAGAGCCUGACGUGCUUGUUCGGCGUGGAGAAGAGUGCGGCGGCGGCGGCGGAGAAGGCGGCGGCGGACGCUGCCGCGAAGGCUGCGGCGGUUGAAGCUGUCGCCGAGGCGCAGUAG